ACUCCUCUCAAAGUGCCUGCAUUUUUGCAAAUUGUCGUCUGUGUAUUUUUGAGCAUUUCCCCUUUCAUAAUGAGCACUUUGGACUUGUUUUCCGCAUUUCUGUGAGCAAUGCACUGGUAACUGGUAAUUAUAUUCAGCAUGGAAAGAGACGGACAAUGGCCAUCAGCAGGCUCGUUUAUGCUGUGAUAAGCUUGCCGCUGAAUGACAAUUUGCCAUCUGCAAAUACAGACUGGCAGUUCCGAGAGAAAGACUAUCAGCGUCACUAUCACUAUCACUAUCCUCUCAUCAAGGCACUCACUGAAUGAAUGAUUUCAGCAUGGGGCUUCAUGAGGCAAGCUUAUUAUUCAUGUAGCUGUCAUGCACCUAUGGCUCUUGAUCAGAUUUAUUUUUGCUGUUGCAGAGCAGUGGGAUGAGUUCUCCCAGUUGUCGGGACUUUGCUGAGAACCACGUUGAGUUGCUGAAUUAUUCAACUCUGAUGACAUGCACCGAGCUCACAGUGCUAUCACUGCAUGACAAUAAAAUCAAGAUCCUUCCAGAAAGCACGUUUCAUUCUCUUGGAUCUUUGGUUGAACUAGAUUUGUCUUACAACAGACUUUCCGAUCUUCCUAAAAACACUUUCAAGACUUUAAAAUAUCUGCAGAAACUCAACAUAUCCCAUAAUCCUGCACUCCGUAUUCAUGCCAGUCACUUCGAUCACCUGGUCCAACUUGAGUCUCUGAGUCUGGAAGGCCUUGAAAUUCCUAAUAUAACCACCAAGAUGUUUCUUCCAAUGGGGAACCUGUCCCACAUAUAUUUUAAGGAUUUUCAGUAUUGUUCGUAUGCCCCACAUGUUCGGAAAUGUAAACCUAACACAGAUGGAAUUUCAUCAGUUGAAGACCUGUUAGCCAGCGUGGUUCUGCGGGUGUCCGUCUGGGUGAUGGCCUUCUUUACCUGCUUUGGGAAUCUCUUUGUUAUCGGAAUGCGCUCCUUCAUUAGAGCUGAGAACAACCUGCAUGCAGCCUGCAUCAAAGUCCUGUGUUUUGCUGACUGUCUGAUGGGAGUCUAUCUCUUCUUCCUGGGAAUAUUUGAUUUGAAAUUCCGUGGCGAAUAUAACCGGAACGCUCUUAUCUGGAUGGAAAGUGUGGAAUGCCGAACAGUUGGCUUUCUUGCCAUGCUCUCCUCUGAAGUAUCUGUACUCCUCCUCACCUACUUGACACUAGAAAAAUUCCUAGUUAUCGUUUUCCCCUUUAGCCAUCUGCGGCCAGGGAAGCUGCAGACAGUGUUGGCUCUCACCUUCAUCUGGAUUCUGGGAUUUGUCAUAGCAGCUGUUCCCCUACUAAAUGAAGACCUGUUUGGGAACUAUUAUGGGCGAAAUGGAGUUUGUUUCCCUCUGCAUUCUGAUAGGCUGGAGAAACCAACAGCCAAGGGAUAUUCCACUGGGAUAUUUCUUGGUCUUAAUCUGGUGGCGUUCUUGGUGAUUGUCGUUUGCUAUUUCAGUAUGUUCUGUUCCAUCUAUAAAACUGGCAUCAAUGCCACAGAUGUGCGCAGUCGGCUACACAAGGAUGUGGCUGUGGCCAACCGAUUUUUCUUUAUUGUAUUCUCUGACGCCCUCUGCUGGAUACCCAUAUUUUUGGUCAAAACUCUCUCUCUUCUAAAAGUUGAGAUUCCAGGGACAAUAAACUCCUGGAUGGUGAUUUUCAUUCUUCCAAUCAACAGCGCCCUUAACCCCAUCCUCUACACCCUGACCACCAGCUUCUUCAGAGAGCAGGUGGAGCUUCUCCUGUGCCGCUGGCAGCGACACUCCGCGUCAAAGAAAGACCGUAAGAGUCUCACCAGCUCCACUAUCUACAUGGAGACCUCUCGAAAUGCAGAAUACCCUGCAAAAGUUUCCUUGCCACGACCGUCUUUGGCAUACAUGGAUAACCAAUAUGGGUGAAAGAGCCAAUGAGUAAAAGGCAUCAAAGUGUAGGCCUAUCAUAAUCAUUAUCUAUGUUCAGAAAGGAGAAUGAUGGUCUUUCCUGGAACAAUUUAAGUGAAAGGAUGGCACUGUUGAUUCAUUGUUCCAAUAUGGAGUGCUCUUUUUAGUCACGUGACUCUAGCUCUCCAUUAGGAGAAACAUUUGUGAACGGUUCAUCUAGAGCCUUGAUCCCCUCCAGCAUCCAUUUCCACCCUAAACGCCAUGUCUGGCCCUUAGCCCUUGAGCUGGGCUUGUUGAUUUUCUCAAAAGAUUUUAAAGAAGACUACAAAAACAGUGCAGAUGACUGUCAGUAUUUACUGCAGAGCAUCAUUUCUAUGAAGGAAAAUGUGUACAUUUGUUUGCGGAGAUGUUUGAUAUGUCGUGGAUUUGGAGAUUGAAUUUGAGAAGUUAAUUGUAAUGUACAGCAAAAGGGUUUUUAUGCUUGCUUUGCCAUUUCAGAGAAAAAGGUUAUUAAAGGGAAAUGCCUCACAGUUUCUUGGUCAACAAAGUAGAUGGCUGCUGACUGAACAAAAGCAUCAAGAUAAAGAGGUCCAUAGCAUUCAUCUGUAUAAUAUAACAGAAAUGUUGUUUUUGUUUGUUCUUUGUCAUUUUUAAACAACGAUGCAUUUUUAUACUCAUGUAGACUAUUUAUAAGUUCGAUUUUUCUACGCAUCUCAAGAUAUGUAAACAAACAUUCAAAGUCAGAUGUAAAUAUGUUCAUAGUCCGAAGUCUCAUGGAAUGUGUCAAGCAAUAUAAAAUUGACAAUUUGA